UCCAAGAUGGCAGCCACUUUGAGAGAAAAACAAGCGACGGCUUUAAAACGAAUGUUAAACUUCAAUGCCCCGAUAACUAAAGCUACAUCAAAUGAACCACAAUGGAAAAUUUUGGUUUACGAUCGUUUUGGACAGGAUAUCAUCUCGCCAUUGUUAACAGUGAAGGAACUACGAGAUCUUGGAGUGACACUUCAUUUGAAUUUACAUUCUGAUCGAGAUUCCAUUCCUGAUGUGCCUGUCAUUUAUUUCGUGAUGCCGACAGACGACAAUGUUCAAAGAAUUUGCCGAGAUUUUGAAAAUCAGUUGUACGAAAGUUACUACUUGAAUUUCAUUUCUGCGAUUUCCAGACAGCGAUUAGAAGACCUUGCCAGUGCUUCCAUUCAAUACAACUGUGUUUCACAAGUUUCAAAAAUCUAUGAUCAAUACCUGAACUUCAUUUCGCUCGAAGAUGACUUGUUUACUCUAAGACAUCAAGAUCGUGAAGCUAUCUCAUAUUAUGCUUUAAAUCGUGGCGAUGUCAAGGACACUGAAAUGGAAGUUAUCAUGGAUGUCAUUGUUGACAGUUUGUUUUCGGUUUUUGUCACGCUUGGCGUGGUUCCAAUAAUUCGUUCAGCAAGAGGUAAUGCAGCAGAAAUGGUGGCCGAAAAACUUGACAAGAAGUUGAGAGAAAAUGUCCGAGAUGCAAGAAACAGUCUUUUUACAGCGGAUUCCUCUCCAGGACAGUUCAGCUUUCAACGUCCAUUGUUGGUGUUGUUAGACAGAAAUUUAGAUUUGGCAACCAUGUUACAUCAUACAUGGACGUACCAAGCCUUGGCCCAUGAUGUUCUGGAUUUAAAACAGAACAGAGUAGAAAUUGAAGAAUCCAGUAAUGUAGCCACGCCUGCUGGCAGUCCUCGACCAAUGAAAAAGAAGAAAAGUUAUGACCUCAGCCAUAGCGAUAAAUUUUGGUUGAUACAGAAAGGAAGUCCGUUUCCAACGGUAGCUGAAGCUGUACAGGAAGAAUUGGAUGCAUAUAGAACUCAAGAAGACAAAGUAAAGAGUUUGAAAGCUGCGAUGGGUAUAGAGGGCGCUGAAGAUGACUCAGCAAUAAGUAUGUUGUCAGACAACACUGCUAAACUGACGUCUGCUGUGAACUCAUUACCAGAGUUACUAGAAAAGAAGCGGUUGAUUGACAUGCACACCAAUAUUGCUACAGCUCUUCUUGAACAAGUCAAAACACGGAAAUUAGACAUUUAUUUUGAAUGUGAAGAAAAAUUGAUGAGUAAAUCGGUUCAGGAUAAAACUUUAAUGGAGUUGAUUUCUGAUCCUGAAGCUGGAACACCAGACGACAAAGUUCGUUUAUUUAUUAUUGGAUUAAUUUGUGGACCACAUAUGUCAGAGGCAGAGAUCGACCAAUAUUGUGUGGCGCUAACUGAAGCAGGAUGUGACAUCACACCAAUUCAAUAUGUCCGCCGAUGGAAAGCUUACGCUAAGAUGACAGCAGCACCGAGUCAAUAUGGCGGUGGAGGAAUUUCCUCCACUGGAAUGUUCGCUAAUUUAGUUUCCAAAGGUUCACAAUUUGUGAUGGAAGGAGUGAAAAAUUUGGUUGUUAAAAGACAUAAUUUGCCAACAACGCGUAUUGUUGAUGCUUUAAUGGAUUUAAAAUCAUACCAAGACGUUGAAGAUUAUCGUUAUUUCGAUCCAAAACUUUUACGAGCAGAUAGUUCUUCAGUGCCCAGAAAUAAGUCACCAUUUCAAGAAGCAUUUGUGUUUGUGGUAGGGGGAGGGAACUAUAUAGAAUACCAAAAUUUAGUGGACUAUGCCAAGAGUAAGUCAAUGACCUCGCCGAAAAAGAUCUGGUACGGAUGUAGUGAUUUAGUCAAUGCUUCACAAUUUUUAAAACAGUUAGCACGACUUGGUCAAGAAGGUUGAGGAUAUUAGCAUCGAAUUCCAAUAUAAUUAAUUAAUAUUAAAACAGAACCUGAAACAUGUUGUAAAGCCGCGAAUAGACGUAGAGGUACGGUGUCCAGGGCGAUGUCCGUUAUAGAAUGACCGAUACAGUAGAAAAUAGAAAAAGUGAACACACGAGGUACAGGUCUGGAGACGAUGUGGAUAUGAUUCGUUUCUUCUACUUUCUACUAUAUCAUUAAUCUCACAGGGACAUCCUACCUCAUCUAUUCUCAACUUUACUCACGAGUUUCACGCUGUGCUAUCUUCAGAUUUAUAACUGAUCUAUCUAUAAACUCAGCUAUCUACAGACUUCUUGAGUCAAACCUGGCCUCUGAUAUUUAUUUUUGACAGUUGUUAACCAACUUUGUCAGAAAAACUAUCUACAUUUUGUGGGUUCUGGGGUUUUAAGUUGAUGGUUAUCUAUCAGACUGUACAAUUAUUUAGAUCAUCUGUAAGCAUUGUAUUAUUUCAGUCUUUCAGAAUUUACAUUGUUGUGAUUUCUCUUUUUACACAGCGC